AAGCUUCUUUUUUUAACAAACUCGGUCUCACGCUUGCAAAAAUGAAUCCGGAAAGUUAUCAUUUGCUGUAAUUUUGACUUUACUCCAGCUUGGUCUGAUUUAUGUUCAUAGAUAAGUAGUAAAUUACAUUUCCAUUUACCGUCAUCGGCAUGCGCUGCUAACGUGAGCUCGCUAGUUCAGCCAAGUUUCAAUAACGUUUAUCGGGAUCUUCGCGUUUAUACAAAUGACUUCGGAACAAAGGACGAGUUGGAUAGUGGCCGGCACUACGGUCGCCGGUGUUUCUGCCCUGUAUGUGCCCUGUGUGCAGAGGACUGUCCCUGGUGGAGACUCAGGAGAGCUGAUCACCACUGCAUGUGAGCUAGGGGUGGCUCAUCCUCCAGGAUAUCCUGUCUUCACCCUUCUGGCUCGCUUUGCGAUGUGUCUACUGCCCUCAUUCUCUCCGGCCCACAGCGUCAACCUGAUGUGUAGCCUCCUGGGUGCUGCAGCUUGUGGGUGCCUCUGCCUAACUGUCUGCAAGCUGGCGGGUCCAGGUCCUGGGGCGGUGCUGGCUGGAGGUGUGUUUGCCGUGUCGCGGCUCAGCUGGCAGUGGUCCAUGGUGGCGGAGGUUUUCACCCUCAACAACCUUUUCGUUGGGCUUCUCUUCUUCUUGAUAUCCAUCUUCCACUGUGCUGAAAACUCUGAGCACAGGAACAAGAUUGCACACUGGGGGGCGUUGUGCUGUGGGCUGGGGCUGUGUAACCAGCACACCCUGGUGCUGUACGUGCUGGUCAUUAUUCCCUGGGUCCUUUACCGACUCUUUUCUCUAAAGGAGCUAUCUUUGCGUGGCAUUGUGUCGAUGGGAUUGUGUUUCCUCGCUGGCUUUCUGCCCUACAUCUACCUGCCCAUCUCAUCCUACCUCAACACUGCCCGCUGGAGCUGGGGGGAUCAAACCACUCUGUCAGGGCUGCUGACGCACCUGCUCAGGACUGAGUACGGCACCUUCAGUCUAGCAAAGACGGAGAGCUCUGUGAACCUGACCACGAUGCUGCAAGCCCAGAUGGAUCACUACCUGGCAGAACUUUCCCCUCCUGUUUUAGCGUUGGCAGGAAUAGGCCUUUUCCUCUCCUCGUGGGACAGGUGGGAUGAGAGGUGUUGUUCGGUGUCCUGGUUGUUGACUGGCAUGUUGGUGGCUUAUUCGCUGUUUUUUGCUUGGAGAGCCAACCUGGACAUUAACAGACCUUUACUGCUCGGAGUGGUGGAGCGUUUCUGGCUGCAGGGUGAUGCUGCAGUGUGCGUGCUGGCUGGCCUCGGCUUGAGCCGGACUCACACUGAGCUAGAGAGGAGGAUUGGAUAUGGGUGCCUGUGGAAGACCACAAGCUGGGUCUUCACCAUAGCUUUGCUGACACAUAUGCUGCACAGAAAUCACAGAGAGUGUGAUCAGAGCACGAACAGUGUGGUGGAGCGGUUCGGCAGAGAGCUUCUGGCCUCCGUCCCAAAAGACUCGGUCAUCCUGACCAGAGGAGACCUGCCAGGAAACUCUCUGCGUUACCUGCACUACUGCCAGGACGUGCGGCCUGACGUCCGCCUGGUCGACCAAGAGAUGAUGACAUAUUCCUGGUAUGUGGCCAAGCUGGCGCCUCACCUCUCCGGGGUCCACUUUCCCGGCCGCUGGUGGGACCCCGUUGGUCCUGAGGAGAAAAAUACCUUCAGUCUCGAGGAGUUUCUGGCUCACAACACGCAGAGGGAUGUGUUUGCCUGCAUUGGGCUGUCCGAUGGAGAUAUGAGCUGGGAGCGUACUUUUACUCGCUGGCCCUUUGGUGUAUGCGACCACUUGGUGCCUGGUAAUAAGCAGUUCCAUCCCAAACAGUGGGGUCAGCGGACUCGCAACAUCUACAACUGGAGCGAGCCCCACAACAGUUUCCACCCUGCAUCCUGGGAGCGAGUCGCUAAUGAGGAGAUGUGGCAAGCCAGGAUGAAGACGGCUUUCUUUCUCUUUGACCUGGGAGAAAGGCUGAAGGGAGACGGGAAAGCUCGCCUCUUUGAGUUAUCUUACACUCUGUAUAAAGAGAUUGUGGAGGCCCAGUCAGACUACCCUCCGAACUGGGACAAGAACCUGGCACUGGCGUGUGAGAGGUUGCUCCGCUCCGGCCAGCGAGGCCACAGUCCAGACGGCCUGUUGACCUGCAGCAUACAGCACUUCACCCGCUACUUAGAGAAGGAGUCCACCGAUCCCCAGGCGCCGGCCAUACGCUCGGCCAUUACUCACCUGCUCAAAGAAAGAGACGAGCGUCACCAGAACCGGAAGAAAAGCCCAUGAUAUAAUUCUGGAAAAGCCAAAUGGAGCUGGAACAACAGCGAGGAUGUGCUGUACAACUGAGCAGGAUGCCAUGGGCUGGGAAUUAAGUCUGAGCGCCUCGUUCCAGGGUUUAAAGUUGGCCCCCCAGGAGGAUACUGAUUUAUUAAGGUCUGCUUAGUUUGUUAAAUGUAUCUGGCUGUAUAUUGGACUUCUGAAUCAAAACUGGACUGAAGAGAGAUGGUAUACAUGAGAACUGGCCUUUAAUCUUCCAGCUGAACUCUGAGCAAACAUCAGACUGGCAUCGAGCCAUACCUCUUUUGAUAAAUGUUUACAGUUGACCAACAGCCGGAUCAAGCAUGACUACGAAGAAGUCUUCUCUGACCUCAAUCAAGCUCUGUGCACUCUCCUUAACUCACCCAUUCAGUUACUUAAUCUUUACAUCUCGUUCUCUCUUUUUUUUUCCUCCUCUAUUCUGUCCUCAGAGCUUUUAACGUGGUGAUUAUUUUGCCUCGGCUUCUGCUCCAGUUCUCUUUUUCUCACAUUAGGAUGGCAAGGCCGAGAUUGAGGGAAACCCAAUUUGGAAGCCGAAAUGGGGGAUUAGAGCGGCUGUUUAAUCUAGGACAGACUUGCAUAGUGCCACGCAGUCCUCACUUCACAUUACCAAUACUACACACCCACCCCUCUAUCCUUCCAUCAGUCUAUCUUGGAAGGUCUUUUAAAUGUUUAAAAACUAAUGGAUGCUGGGAGUGUUUUAUUUUUUUCCCCUGCCUUCCUUCCUAACAGGAGGGCUAUAAUCCCUCAUGGAUUUAAAUGAAAUGUGAAAUGUCACAAUGCCAGACACCCUUUUAGGGGUGUGUUUCUGUGGGCAUGUUUUUUUGUGUUUUUUUCUUUUUUUGUCCACGUUUAAAUCUCCACUCUAGCUUUUAUGCUUUCAGAGCAGCGCAUCAACAUAUUUGAUAAACAGAUUGGCACAAUGACAAACAAAAUGCUGUCAUCAUUAGAGGAACACAGAUUCAUGCAUAGCACAACGGCAGCUCCCAACUUCCAAGAAAAUUGACUUUUAGACUUGUGACUGUUCGAGAGAAGCUGUUUUGGGGUUAUUUUUUUAUACCAGAGUGGACAAAAGGGUUUUUACUUUGUGUGACUUUGAAAUGUUUUCAGGAUCAAUCAGACACCUCAGUCUCAGUUCUUUCUAAAUGUGGGUGUUAAUGAGCCUGGUGCCAUAAAAUUUGUGAUACAGAGGUCAAACCAUGCAGCGUACUGCUGCAAGAUUAAUAAAACACUGCUGAAGGAGCCUGCCGUUUGAGAUAUGACUCAAAAGGGACGGUCAGGAAGUACACGCGUAGUUUUCUCCGAAUGUAAUCUACCCUCUCUGUUCGCCGGCCUGGUUAGCGGCUGUCAGCUGGCUGGAUGAUGAGAUUUGACCUGCUGUAGCACAGAUGGUUUGGUGUCUCGUGAAAAAGUGGGAACUGUCACUCUGCUGUCUACAGGCGUAAAUAAUUCAGUAAAGAUCCUACCUUUUAGAAUAAAAAAAGGUGUCCUUUUUGGAAUUUUAAUGAAUCUUUUUAUGUAUAAAAUGUUGUUUUGACAUUUAAUGACAUGGGAUUAAACCAUGCCCUUACUCACUUAGGUACAGUAUUUCUUUUUUCUUUUGGUACUUUUAUUUUCUUCCUCUUAACCCACUUGCCGCCAAUUCUCUCUCACUCUGUCUUUCCAUAACACCUCUGUUCCUCUCCUCUCCCCUGUUUCUGAGAGUCAGGUGCCCACCCUAAAUCAGCAAGCUGCUGAGGAUUGUGGGAACCCAUGGAAUCGCCGUGACCAGGGAUGCAGGCAGGGAGCCACGGCAACGCUGGAAUGUGGGGCGUCUGAGGAGAUAAGAGCUGUGAGCCCA